GAACUCGUCGAUCCGGUACCGACUGGUCUCGUGCUGAUCAUGACACGCAGCAGGCAGGAAUCUCGCGAACCGGUCGGCGACCGACCUGUUUGACAGGCCAAGGAGUUGGGCAAAAUUCUUCGCGUCUCAUCCUGCAGAUUCUGAAAUUGCCAGUCGAGGAGGCUGCCAUUAUCCAGUCUUACCGAGAUGGCAUGCAUCACAGUAGGAUAAGGAUACAGUAGACGACCGGGCGGAGGGAGCAGCCGAACUACUAAAGCCCCGAGCGGGGAACUGAUAAGCUCCAUCCUUCGUUAUCGGAACCCAACAAUUCAACUAGUUAUAAUGCAUUGACACCCCUUAAGUUCGAUAGGAUCAUUGACAUCUUGAACAUGACAGUCCCUACAUCCAUCCCACAUCAGCCGCUGUGCCACGGGGUUCCAUAUGUCAAAGGCAGGGCUUCGGGUCUGCUAGUCGCCAGUCCCCUGGAGUUGAGUUUCUGGGGUGGCGUAGACCCCCAGACAGGCCUGGUUAUUGAUCAACACCACCCUUUAUGUGGACAAUCCCUCCAGGAUCGCAUCCUCGCCAUCCCGGGCGGUCGUGGAUCAUGCUCGGGAAGCGGCGUGAUGCUGGAACUCAUGGUCCACAACAAAGGACCCAGGGCGGUUGUAUUUGAGCGCCGCGAGGGGAUUCUUACGCUGGGGGUAAUGAUCGCAGAAGAGAUCUUCGGAAAGGCUGUUCCUGUCGUAAUGCUGACCUCGGGAGAUUUUGGCAAGAUGCUGGAGUUGCACGGGAGUGGGGUUUCGAUUAUUGAAGGCAACAUUUUUGACCAGGAGUUACCCGAGGCUGUGCUCGCAAUGCCCAACAUUGACCACGUCAACCCGCCGAUGACGUUUGUCACGAACAUACGCCUCUCAGAUGUCGACAGAGGGUUAAUCCGAGGGGACCACGGGGAAGUCGCUCGUAUGGCGAUGCGCAUUGUUCUUCGAAUGGCAGAAUUACUCGAAGCUCGCGAACUGAUCGAUGUCACCCAGGUUCACGUCGAUGGCUGCAUCUACACCGGGCCUGGAUCUCUGCAUUUUGCAGAGCGAUUUCGAGAUCUAGGAGGCAAGGUCCGUGUUCCGACAUCCCUCAACUCCAUUUCUGUGGAUCAGAAGCGGUGGCGUGCCCAAGGCGUGGAUGUGGCAUUCGGUGAGGCAGCUGAUAAGCUAGCAAGGGCUUAUAUGGAUAUGGGGGCGCGUCCCACGUUCACCUACAGUCCAUACCAGCUGGACAGCGCCCCAAGGGUGGGUGACCAGGUAGCAUGGGCAGAGUCGAACGCUGUUGUAUACGCUAAUAGUGUGCUUGGUGCGCGGACCAUGAAGUAUCCCGAUUUUCUGGAUAUCGCCAUCGCUCUCACGGGUCGGGCUCCUAAUGCAGGGCCUCAUAUCGAUCACAACCGCCUGGCGUCGCUCAUCGUCAGAAUACCCGAUGUCUCGGAGCUGCAGGAUGUCGAUGACUCGUUCUAUCCCUUGCUCGGCUAUCACAUUGGAACCCUUGCUACCAACCAGAUCCCGGUAAUUGUUGGCCUGGAAUCUCUUGCCGUGAAUAAGGACGACCUGAAGGCGUUCGGGGCAGCAUUUGCGACCGUGUCAAGCGCGCCAAUGUUCCACAUGGUGGGUGUCACCCCUGAAGCAAAGACACUGGAAGAGGCCAUCCGUCCUGGGUUCAAUCCUCUUUUGGUUGAUGUCCUGAUCAAGGAUCUUAUCCCAUGUUGGGACACGCUGAACAGUACCUCUCAUGGCCAGCCAGUGGACCUGGUAUCUCUGGGCAAUCCCCACUUUUCCUUGACUGAAAUCCGGAGGCUGGCUGCACUCUGUCGGGGGCGUAUUAAAAAGGACGGAGUGACGGUAAUGGUGACCUGUGGCCGUGCCACAUAUGGUCUGGCCAAUCAGGCUGGGCUCGUCGAGGAACUGGAGCGGUUUGGGGUUCAAUUUGUCACGGACACCUGCUGGUGCAUGAUUGCGGGACCCAUCAUCCCCAAGUCCGACCAGGUGAUCAUGACCAACUCGGGGAAAUAUGCCCACUAUGGGCCUGGACUGACAGGUAGGACGUUCUACUUUGGCAGUCUGGCCGGGUGUGUUGAUGCUGCCUGUCGAGGCCAUCCUUGUGAGCGUCGCCCAUCGUGGCUGGGAGAUCGAGACCUGCUCUCUGAUCAAUCCUGACUUCUGUAAUCAACAU